UUUUGUUCGAAAUCCAAACAUCAGCUAGCCUAGACUCGCUCUUGUUCGGCUCGUCGUAAAUGAAGAGCAUUCCCCUUCUUCUCAUGGGCUGCGGUGGCGUCGGCCGGCAGCUUCUCGCUCACAUCGUUGCCUGCCGUUCUCUCCAUUCGAAGCAGGGCUUGGCGCUUCGAGUAGUAGGAAUCUGUGACAGUCGCUCCUUGUUUGUUGUCCAUGAUGUCUUAAAUUUGGAGCUUAAAGAUGACUUAUUGAAAGAAAUCUGCAGGAGAAAAUCAUCGGGGUCUUCACUGUCAUCUCUGCUGGAUUUAGGAGAAUUUCAAAGUUUCAACGAUUCAGAAGCAAGAAAAAAGGUUCUUGAUAUUGCUGGUCUUCUUGGCAGAUCCGCUGGUGUUGUACUGGCUGAUUGUUCUGCCAGCUCGGAGACUACAGAAUUACUAAAGCAGGGUAUUGACCUUGGAUGCUGCAUUGUGCUGGCAAACAAAAAACCACUGACAAGUAAAAUUGAAGACUUUGAAAAGUUGAUCUCUGAUUUCCGCCAUAUCCGUUUUGAAUCAACUGUUGGAGCUGGUCUUCCUAUCAUUGCUUCUGUCAGUCGUGUCCUUUCAUCAGGAGAUCCUAUCUAUCGUAUUAUUGGGAGCUUGAGUGGUACCCUGGGUUAUGUGAUGAGUGAAUUGGAGGAUGGAAAAUUGUUUAGCUUUGUUGUUAAAGAAGCUAAAUGUCUUGGAUAUACAGAACCAGAUCCACGUGAUGAUCUUGGUGGGAUGGAUGUUGCCAGAAAGGCCUUGAUCCUUGCUCGCCUUCUUGGACAACGAAUAAACCUUGAAGAUAUUAAGGUGGAUUCAUUGUACCCUGAUGAUAUGGGUCCUAAAUCAAUGUCUAUAGAAGACUUCAUCAACCAUGGUCUUCCAUUGCUUGAUAGAGAUGUUGCAGAGAAAGUUGAGGUGGCUACUUUUAGAGGAAACAUCCUCCGAUAUGUGUGUAAAAUAGAAGGCUCAAGCUGCCAAGUUGGGCUACAAGAGCUUCCAAAGGAUUCUCCGUUGGGCAGAUUAAGAGGAAGUGACAACAUGGUGGAAAUAUACAGCAGGUGUUACAAGAACUCUCCUCUGGUGAUUCAGGGAGCAGGAGCAGGAAAUGAUACAACAGCUGCAGGAGUCCUAGCUGAUAUUGUGGAUCUACAGGAUCUGUUCAAGUAAAAGUUCCUUCUUUUCAUGGAAGGUCUUAUUUUCUAUAUAUAUUUUUUCUAGCGAUGUAAAGGUUGGGGAUUUGAUUCCAUUCAUUCUUCAUUAAACAUAGAAGAUGUGUUUGGAGUGGUGGUCUCUUUGCCCUGAAAGAUUGUUGGAGAUUCCAUUCAGCCUCAUCCAUCAUUUCAGGUCUUUUCCCCAAUAACGGAAGAUGAAGUUUUAUUCUCAUAAAUAUAAUCCUCA